UGCGGCCGCGCGCCCGCGCAGGACAGGACCGCCAGCCCCGCCGUGGCGACUGGGAGGCCCUCUGGCUGCUACUACGCCGACAUGGCCGGCCUCUUCCUGGCCGAGCACCGGGACGGCGCCGUGCCCGCGUCGAGAGCCCGCUCGCUGCUGUGCUCCACGGCCAAGCCGUGCAUCCCCACGACGAGCACCACGGCAACAUGGACCACUGCAACGACAGCCACAACUACCUCCACGGGCACUGAGUGGGGCUUCCCCUCCCUGUUCUGCUGGGCGGUCGUGCGGCCCGACAGCUACGAGCCAGGGCUGAUGAAGGCGCAGUACUCCCGGCACGAGCAGCAAGCAAGCCGAGCCGAGAGCCGAGGCUCCACGCUGCACGGCGUGGCCGCGAGGGGGCCGCGGGGGGGCCGGGACGGGCCACGGCCCACGGUGCACGGGCAGCCGAGGCUUGGCGGCGCCAUCGCAUCAACAUUGGCACUGUACUUCGCAGCCGAAUGCGUGCUCAUUAACAGGUGCGCGCGCGGCCGGCCGGCGGAGGCGGACGCCGCGUGGCACGGAUCAAGCAAUCCGGGCAAGCACCCAUUGCUGGCCAGCGUCCAUCAGGCCGAGAACGAUCGCGUCGCAAUGAUUCGCGCCAUGGAGCAGACCGAGGGGAGGCGACGGGCCGUCGCCUCAGAGCAGGCGACGCGAGCAUCAGCAGAGUUCUGCGAACUGGCCAGCGGGGUCGAGGCCUCGGCGGCCGCCGAGAAGCGCGCUCAGGACUUCGAACAGAGCGUCGCCGACGAGGCCAAGCGCGCGCCGGCGGCGGCGCGACGGGCUCAGGCCGAUCGAGCGGCCGCCGACGCCGCUGCGAAGACGGCGUCGGCCGAGAGCGCGAAAGCGACGAGGCAGGCGCAGGGCGAAAUCAGCGACGCUCUCCAUCGGGCGCAAGCCAAGCCCAGGCGGCAAGCGCGAACUGCGACUCAGCGGAUCGAUCCGCCAGCAAAUGACGAGGUGACCACGGCCCGGAGUGCCAAGAUUAGAGCGACACGGCCCAUGGAUAAUUGGGGGGCGCAGCGCGGCCAAUAG